GCCCCGCCCCUUCAGGCCAGGUCGCCGCAGGCGCCGGAAGUGACCUGCUCUUUUUUGCUAGUUCCCGCCCGUGUUCCGGAAAUAUUUUCUCGGGAAGAUGGCGGCUGUGUCGGUCUAUGAGUCCCCGGUCGGAGGUUUCUCUUUUGAUAACUGUCGCAGAAAUGCCGUCUUGGAAGCUGAUUUUGCGAAGAAAGGGUACAAGCUUCCAACGGCCCGGAAGACUGGCACGACCAUCGCGGGGGUGGUCUAUAAGGAUGGCAUAGUUCUUGGAGCAGAUACAAGGGCAACUGAAGGGAUGGUUGUUGCUGACAAGAACUGUUCAAAAAUACACUUCAUAUCUCCUAACAUUUAUUGUUGUGGUGCUGGGACAGCUGCAGACACAGACAUGACAACCCAGCUCAUUUCUUCCAAUUUGGAGCUCCACUCUCUCUCCACUGGCCGCCUUCCCAGGGUUGUGACGGCCAAUCGGAUGCUGAAGCAGAUGCUUUUCAGGUAUCAAGGUUACAUUGGUGCAGCCCUAGUUUUGGGGGGAGUAGAUGUUACUGGACCUCACCUCUACAGCAUCUAUCCUCAUGGAUCAACUGAUAAGUUGCCUUAUGUCACGAUGGGUUCUGGUUCCUUGGCAGCAAUGGCUGUGUUUGAAGAUAAGUUUAGGCCAGAUAUGGAGGAGGAGGAAGCCAAGAAACUGGUGAGUGAAGCCAUUGCAGCUGGCAUCUUCAAUGACCUGGGGUCUGGAAGUAACAUUGAUCUCUGUGUCAUCAGCAAGAGCAAGCUGGACUUUCUCCGCCCGUACUCCGUGCCCAACAAGAAGGGGACUAGGUUUGGCCGGUACAGGUGUGAGAAAGGGACCACCGCAGUCCUCACGGAAAGGGUCACUAGCCUGGAAGUCGAGGUGCUGGAAGAAACCGUGCAGACGAUGGACACUUCCUGAAUGGUGUCCGUGGAUUGGGGUGGCGGGGUUACUGCUCUACCAGACGGGGGGCAGUGGAGGCUCCCCCGUAAGACAUUCAUUUGGCAGUGUGUGCUGAUGAAACCCAAUAAAAAAUGAAAACCAAA